AUGGAUUUAAAACAUGAAUGUGUUAUAAUAAGUUUAGUGCUAACUAUCAUUUUACAAUUGAGUAACGCCAUUACGUUACCCAAUAGAACAGAGGAUACUCCAAUUGAUUGCUAUAAACGUAUAGUGGUUGGAUCCAGACUUCAACCAGGUUCUUCCUACAAGCCUGCAAAACCCAGCAAAAGCUUAAGUGAUUGCAAACGAGCAUGCUCUAAACAAGGAAUGCGAUGUGGAGGAUUUAGCAUUGGAAUGCAAAACUCAAAUAUAACUGAAACAACAAAUAGUACCACAUCAAAAAAUUCUACUCAAAUUGAGAUCAAAAACACCGAAAAGGAAUUAACCAUAUUUAAGCAAUCUUCGUAUGGGCAACAAUAUGCCCCAAAUUUCCAACCGCGAAAAAAUGACGAAAACCAAUCUUUAAAUGUUCAAACACAUGUUCAACUUGGAAUCUAUGAUGGACAACUACAGCAAAUGCAAAAUCAACCGGUAUAUCCGACAUCUCAGGCUGGCCUGAUUUGGGAAAUUCACCCGGCGCCUGCGCCACUCCUGGAGGGAAUCUUCGAUGGCAAUGUUGUUCCAUUAUACACUCAAGAGCAAGUGUUGGAAGAUCAGAUAAACUACGAAGUGCCCCAAACUAUAUACCUAAAUCAACCGAUAAUUUCGGAUAUAGCCGAAAAUUCGCAAUCUCUAAUUCCUUAUGCAGACAUACCACUAAUCCUGCCAUAUGCAGGAGAUUUCGAAGCAUUUCAAGAAAAACUAGAAAUUCCAUCACCAGUGGUAGUUGUCGAGCCAGCAUCAGUUAUAAAUAAUGGAAAUAAUGACAAAACAGGAGCGGAUAAAAAUAAAGUUAUAUUAGGACUGAAACGAGUACAGUGCUCGAGUAUUAUAUUAGUGGAAGAUGCAAGAGUGUGUUUUCAACGAGUGCUAGCCGGGCAACGAAUUUCGCCCCGAUGCGUACUGAGGCGUCUAUUUUGCGAACGAUUAGAAGAUUGCCGCAGAGAAUGUGCUGCCGAAAGAAGAUUCGUUUGCGAAGGAUUCAAUUACAGACUGGAUAGGUCCGGGCGUGGUCAAGGAAUAUGUGAGCUAACAGAAGUUCCUUUAUCGCAAUUGAGUUAUGGAAGAGACUAUUUUCCUGAUAAAGAUUACGAUUACUACGAAAGAGAUCGAAAUAGUUACCCCGAUUGCAGUGGCACCAGACCCCUGGCACGCCCUUGGGAUUUCGGCAAUCUUGUUCCUACUGAUCAUUAUAGUGAGCGAAGGCCUAGUUAUCCUCACGGUGGAGGAGUAUAUGAUCAUCGCACACGUUAUGAUGAUUAUCCUGAUUACCGGCCACAUCAACACCCACCUAAACCUUAUGGAUAUAAUACUAGAUAUGACCGAAAACCUUAUAGCCCUUAUCACCCCUAUCCGAAGUCAUGGGGCGCUUAUGGAGGGCAAUAUGGUGAUCCAUACAAGCAUCAUCGCGAUGACGACCGCUACGUUUAUUGGGGCUUCAAUAAACACGGUGAUUCGGGACCCCGUUAUCCGUCCGACAGAUUCGACUACCGUGAUCUCGGUGGUAGACGAGGCGGCUGGGAUAACUACUGGGGAGUCACAGGCUGGGGCUAUGGCCGAGGCAGUUCCAGUCACGGCCAUGGAAUCGGCCCAGGGCAAGAUUUAGGUGGAGGUUGGCGAAGAUACUCAGUUGGAACUGGACACAAUUCAUGGCCUGAUGGCUAUAGUUAUAAAGGUUUUCCUUUCACCGGUGGUUAUCAGCCACAAGAAAGGCCUAGAUUACCGCCUCCUCAACCACCGAGAGGGCACGGAGGACAUGGGAUUGUUCCAUACAACGGCGGGCACAGGGAUUAUGAUAGACCGCAUGUCGGGUUUCACAACAGAGGUAGUUGUGUUAUACAUGCCGCAUCAGGCGUCAAACUGCAUAGAAGUGCAGUUAGAGAUUCGUGUUUUGCGAGAGAUUUUGCUGAAUGUGAGAGAAGAUGUAGAGAUGAAGUUAGAUUUAAAUGUUGUUCAUUUAGCUAUGGACCUGCUCAAUAUGCGCCCAUACCUAACUGUUUUAUAAGUGAACGCGGUUUUGAAUUAUUGGAUGCUUAUCACGAUUUAGAGCCUGAUCGUUCGCAUGAUGUAUUUACUGUGAACGAUGCAGGAGACUGUUCUCCUCAAAGAAUUUGGCCAGAUACUAGAGUCGGACCUAAUAUUAUUGCUGAAAGUGAAUGCUUCGUACGAGUUCGUAGCGGCCAACGUUUAUCGUGGUCAGCUAUUCGAGAUGCAGUGUCAGCCUCAAGUGUAGGGCAAUGUGAAUUAGCAUGUGUACGCGCGAGACAUUUUCAUUGUAAAACUUUUACUUACAGAUACGGCCCAUCAAUAAUUGGUCAUUCAAACGAAAACUGCUUGCUCAGUGAUUGCCCAUUUUAUGAAUUAAUACCAGGUAUAAAUCUACUAGAAGAUCCUGGAUUUGAAUUAUAUGAAAGAGGUUCUCCAAACACAGGGUGUCAUCUUCCGACACCUACACUUCCUCCACAUUACCCACCAAAGCCCAUAGAACCUGCAUUUGCCGAAAAAGUUUGCUACCUUUCAUAUGGUUCCGAAGCGAAACUCGUGAGACAAUCUGUGAGAAAAGCAAUGUUCUUAUCUUCUGAAUUAGACUGCAAAGCAAGAUGUUCAUCUUUAAGGAAGAGUGGUUCUUUGAAAUGCAUGUCGUACAGUUUCCGAAUGGUGUCUGCGCCCGGUGAUCGCUCUCCAAAUUGCUUGCUAUCUGACAUUGAUCAGAGAGACUUACGACUCGGUCUAGAUUAUGAGCAUGUUCCUGGACAUAGAUUAUUUGCAUGGGAUCUCCGAGAUGAAAAGUGUAAAAGAGCUGCCUUUGACAAUGACAUAUCUGGACCGCCUGAAAAUAGAGGUGUAGGAGUUCCUGAUGGUCGAGUUGGUCCAUGGAGUCGAUCUAAUGAGCCUGAUCCAUGGCAGCAGUAUUCUGUCUCAGGAUGGCCGUGCAGAAGAGAUGGAGGUGGAUGUCAGCACAAUGUUAUUUCGGGUCAUUACGCUUGCGAACUUGAAGGAUCCGAAGCAAGUAGUUGGGAUUAUUGUUGUGCGCCUGACCAUAAAUGCGGUUAUUCGGAGGGAUUUGAUUACGCUUGGUGCUACGUUGGACCAAAUAAAAGUCAGUGGCGAAAGUGCGCGGAUAGAUACUACCCUUAUGGUGUACCUACUCAAUCGAUAACCGGUAAUAAUCACCUCACCAGAGGCGACCAUCGUCCAGAAAUUAGUGGCGAUCGCCCGUAUCCACCCAAGUACCAAAGAGACUACGGUCAUCAUAGGCCAUCCGCUGGAUUCGUACCCCAAGCACCGCCUUGUUGCGGUGAACAAAUACACCACGAUGGACCUGAUCAAAUAUUUUUAAGCCCGCCGUCACCAGGGGGUUUCGUUCAAGCCAGAUAUUGGCCUGUGGCUUAUCUGCAUAGCGAGACACCACCCAGCAACGUAACAUACGCACCAAAGCCGAUGAAUGAAUUGCAACAAAAUGUCAAUCAAAAGUCUAAUAAUACUGGAACAGAUUCUGUAAAUGCAGUUCAGACGCUUGCCGACGCAUUAAAGACGAAUGAUUUAUCUGAUACCAUGGCGUCUACGGUCGGAAAAAGAGGAUCAGAUACUAGAGUGAAUAAAAAUAAAACUGAUGACGUUAUUGAGUUCGAAGUGGUAGAUAAUAUUUCUGUAACUACCGGCGAUGAAAAUGCAAAGCUUAUAGAUGAUUCAAAAGAAAAACAGCCUACAAAAAAUACAACAAACAAAGUUAGAAAGAGCAUAAGAUACUGGUAA